UGGUUAGUGAAAUGAAGGAGGACAGCAGUGCUGUUGACAUGACUGAAUUCUCUGAUGAAAUGUUAUUAAACAUUCUAAGGUUUGUCCCCAUCACUGAUCUGAUCCUGAAUGUUCGCUGGGUAUGUAAGAAGUUUGCUAUGCUGUGUGUGGACAAAAGCCUAACUUCUACAGUUGAGCUGAAGAAUAACUAUCAGGCAGGUGAUGAAAAAGUGAAGCAGCUUUUGAAAGAGAUUGGGCUGCAAAUUCAAGAACUGAAUAUGAGUGGUUGCUAUUGGCUCUUGGGUUCCACCAUUGACCAAGUAACACGAUGCAAAAACAUGGUUAAGCUGGACUUAUCUGGCUGUCGGCUGACUUCAAUUCGUCUGUCAAAAAUAUUGUCUGCUUUGCAGAACCUUCGCUCCUUAGCCAUCGAUGUAACUUCUGGGUUUGAUUCUGGACAGCUGAGCAGUGAGUGCAAAGCAACCCUACGCAGAGUAACUGAACUGAAACAAACUCUAUUUACUCCAUCAUAUGGUGUAGUCCCUUGUUGUCUUACCUUAGAGAGACUGCUGCUUUAUUUUGAAAUCCUCGAUCUCUCAAGAGAGGGCACCAUGCUUUCUGGGCAGCUGAUGGUUGGAGAAAGCAAUGUUCCCCAUUACCAGAAUCUCAGACUUUUCUAUGCCAGACUGGCUCCUGGUUAUAUUAAUCAGGAAGUCAUGAGACUUUAUUUGGCAGUGCUUAGUGUUAGUACCCCAAAGAACCUUCAGGCCUUUUUAAUAUCUGUCCCAGGCAGUUUUUCAGAAAGUGGAGCUACACAGAACCUUUUGGACUCCAUGGCUCAUCUGUCACUUAGUGCUCUACAGUUACCUAAAUCUUGGCUUAAUGGGUCAUCUGUCUUGCAGCAUCUCAAAUUUAGUAAUCCCUUCUAUUUCAGUUUCAGUCGUUGUACACUGUCUGGAAACCAGCUGAUACAGCGAAUUCUAAAUGGAGGAAAUUACCUCAAAUCAUUAGUCAGCCUAAACCUUAGUGGCUGUGUCAAUUGCCUUUCAUCUGAUUCUUCUUUUCGGAAGGCCGAAGAUGAUAUUGAUGCCAGUAUCCUUGAAACUUUGGUUACAUCUUGCAUGCACCUCAGACACUUAAAUCUUUCUGCUGCUCACCACCAUGGCGCCGAAGCAUCUGGAAAGCACUUAUGUAUUUUGUUAGCUACACUCCGGCAUCUUUGCUCUUUGGCACUGCCAGUGUGUUCCAUUGCUGAUGUUUCCAAGAAUAGUGACCAGCUGUUGGGACAGACUGUUUCUCCAGCUUCAACAAGUACUGUAUAUAAAGGAUUUGGUAAAAAAAUACGAAUAGGAGUGCCAACGUAUCCCAGAAUUGUCAGUGAGCAAACGGACUCUGUUGGCCAAAUCUCUGUGUUUAGAAUCUUGAUGGAAAGCCUUCCAUUCUUAAGUCAUCUGGAAUUAAUUGGGUCCAGUUUUUCCUCUGCCAUGCCAAGGAAUGAACCUGCUAUCCGUAACUCACUGCCUCCUUGCUUGAGGGCACAGAAGGUGGGAGAUGAGGAGGUGGCUGCCAUAAGUCUGCUGAGAUUUCUGCGCAGCCUGACUCUGGCACAGCUUCCUGCUACACUUACUGGAUCAGGACUUGUUAGCAUUGGAAUGAAGUGUCAACACUUGCAGGUUCUAUCUCUAGCGAACUUGGGAAUGAUGGGAAAAGUGGCCUAUAUGCCUUCCCUUUGUGAGAUGUUAAAACACUGUAAAUGUCUGAAGGAUCUCAGACUUGAGCAGCCCUAUUUUACUGCAAAUGCGUUGUUCUUUCAAGCUUUAAGUCAUUGCUCUGCCCUACAGCGUGUCUGCAUCAUCUCAAGAAAUGGAACUUUUCAGUUUGAUGCUGUGAUGUCAUUUAUGGACUGCUGUCAGAAUGUUAUUAUGUGCCACAUGUUUACAGGAGAAUCAUUGACAGCAUGCCGAAAUCUUCAGCGGUCCAUAAUACAGAGUUUUCAGAAAGAACGACCAGCUUUGAAUGUUGUUAUCUUCCCACUGCUGCAUGAGGGCCUUGCUGAUGAUAUUAGAGAUGUUCCUAUGAUGCAUCUGGAUGAAAUCACCUUAUUCAAGAGUCGAGUUGCAGAACAACCACCCAGGCUGUGGUGGUGAUACAAAUUUUAUGUCAUCUUCCAGAAUGUUAUAUUUCAGUUUUGAGAUUUGGAGAACAUCUAUUAACUGAAAGUCCUCUUCUUCAGAAACAGUUUUGACAGAACAAACACAUUUACUAUUACAAACUUCAUAUAACAGAAAGCAGAUAGUUUGUAACCUGCUAUGCCUGCAUAAGUUCUUAAAUGUAACAUUGUUUCUGUAUGUAACUGUCAUACUCUUUUGCUUAUCGUUGUUUUGUAUAUACAUUGUCUAACAAAAGAGGUGAGAAGUGGUGUAUAUGGUCUAUUUCUGUAUUAACAAAAUCCAUUUUUAUUGUGAUUUAUUUCAUUGUAUUUGCAUCACUGUUAUAAAGUGUAAAAUGCUUUAAUUAAACUGUAAUUUUGCAGUGCCA